AUGAAUACAUACCUUGAUAUUAUUAAAUAGCUACAAUAAGCAAUUUAAUUAAGCACAAAAGAAAAUGUAGAACUUAGAGAAUAGAUAAUAAUGAUGGAAAUUUAAUAAGAUCCUGAAAAAAAUCUUAAAAUUAGCAAUUUACAGAAAUAAAUUAUUUCACAAUAACAAUAAAUAUCUGAAUUAAAAUAAUCAAUUUAAAAAAAUAAUUAAAUCAAGAAGGAACUUAAUUGCAAUUAAGAUGAUAAAUAUUUAAUUGAAUAAAUGAAAAAAAAAUUUUAAGAAAAGAGUAAUGAGCUUAAAAGAUAUUAAGAUUAAUAUGAGAAUGCCAAGUAAAUUUUAAAGCAAACACAAACUUAAGUUCUUGAAUUAAAAGAGCAAAUCAAUUAUUAAUGCUAAUUGAAUGCGUAAGAAUAGUAAAAAGUAACAAAAAUGGAAUUAUUAAUGAAAAAUGCUAGGUAAUAAGAGUUCACAUCUUUAUAAUAUAUAUUGGAAAUAGAAAGAUUAAACUAAUAAAUAUCAUAAUUAGAAUAAGAGCAAAAAGGUUAAUCUAGAAUUAGUCAUUGA